UUCGCCCGUGACGUGGGGUCACGUGACGGGUUGGGCAGCCUGUGCCGCCGCCGCCGCUUUGUAAGAGGCACAUUGGCAGGUAACGAGCGGCGGCGGCGGCAGCAAGUCUUGAGUCCACCGAGAGCAGCAGCGAUUUUCUAUUUUGUACAUACGUUAGUUUGUAUAUACUGUAUAUUAUGAUGACUUCAAUGAGCAGUGACCAUUGUCGUGGUGCUCGGGAAAAACCACAGAUUUCAGCACAGUCAGUACAACCACAGAAACAAGUGGCACAGCUGUACCGACCUCUUGACACUUCCUAGAGCUCAGCCUGGCAACAGCUGAACAGAUGCGUCUCGCUCAAGUGAUCUUUGAUAAGAAUGAUUCGGAUUUUGAAGCUAAAGUUAAGCAGCUUAUGGAAGUGACGGGGAAAAAUCAGGAUGAAUGCAUAGUGGCCCUACAUGAUUGUAAUGGAGAUGUGAACAAAGCUAUCAAUAUAUUGCUGGAAGGGAAUUCAGACACAACUUCAUGGGAGACUGUAGUGGGGAAGAAGAAGAAUUUUGCAAAAGAAAAUUCAGAAAACAAAGAGAAUAGAGAGAAGAAAAGCGAGAAAGAAUCAGUUCGUGGACGUGGAAACAACAACCGGAAAGGAAGAGGUGGCAAUCGUGGCAGAGAAUUUAGAGGUGAAGAAAAUGGAAUUGAUUCCAAUCAAGUGGACAGGCCUUCAGAUCGUGGCAAGCGAGUCCGAGGUAGAGGAUUUGGACGUGGCAGAGGGAGAGGGGCAGGAAGGUUCUCAACCCAAGGCAUGGGGACAUUUAAUCCUGCGGACUAUUCAGAUUCUACAUCUACAGAUGUAUGUGGGACAAAACUAGUGGUUUGGGAAGCUGCUCAGAAUGGUGCAGAUGUGGGAACUGAACUGGCAUCAAAUUCUCACAACAUAGCUCAGGAUCUGCCAAACAAAAGUUCUUAUGGACUCAAAGGGGCUUGGAAGAAUUCUGUGGAAGAGUGGACAACAGAAGACUGGACUGAAGAUCUUUCUGAAACAAAGGUCUUCACUGCCUCAUCUGCUCCAGCAGAGAAUCACAUCUCACCUGGACAAAGCAUUGAUCUGGUAGCCUUGCUCCAGAAGCCUGUUCCUCACAGUCAAGCUUCAGAAGCCAGCUCCUUUGAAACUUCCCAACAGCAGGGCUUUGGCCAAGCCCUUGUCUUCACAAACUCGCAACACAACAAUCAGAUGGCACCAGGGACUGGCAGCUCCACUGCUGUCAACACCUAUUCUCCUCAGAGCCUGUCAUCCGUCCUUGGCUCAGGAUUUGGAGAGCUUGCACCACCAAAAAUGGCAAACAUCACAAGCUCCCAGAUUUUGGACCAGAUGAAAGCUCCAAGUUUGGGCCAGUUUACCACCACCCCAAGUACACAGCAGAACAGUGCAAGUCACCCUGCAACUACUACUUCUUGGGACCUCAAGCCCCCAACAUCCCAGCCCUCAGUCCUCAGUCAUUUUGACUUCAAAUCUCAACCUGAGCCAUCCCCAGUUCUUAGCCAGUUAAGCCAGCGACAGCAGCACCAGAGCCAGGCAGUCACUGUUCCUCCUCCUGGUUUGGAGUCCUUUACAUCCCAGGCAAAACGUCGAGAAUCAACGCCUGGAGACAGUCCCUCCACUGUGAACAAGCUUUUGCAGCUUCCCAGCAUGACCAUCGAAAAUAUCUCUGUGUCUGCCCACCAGCCACAGCCCAAACACAUCAAACUUGCUAAGCGGCGGAUACCCCCAGCUUCUAAGAUCCCAGCUUCUGCAGUGGAAAUGCCUGGUUCAGCAGAUGUCACAGGAUUAAAUGUGCAGUUUGGGGCUCUGGAAUUUGGGUCAGAACCUUCUCUCUCUGAAUUUGGAUCAGCUCCAAGCACUGAAAAUAGUAAUCAGAUUCCAAUCAGCUUAUAUUCGAAGUCUUUAAGUGAGCCUUUGAAUACAUCUUUACCAAUGACCAGUGCAGUACAGAACUCCACGUAUACAACUUCCGUCAUUACCUCCUGCAGUCUGACCAGCUCAUUGCUGAGUUCUGCUAGUCCAGUAGCAACGUCUUCCUCCUAUGACCAGAGUUCUGUGCAUGGCAGGAUCCCAUACCAAAGCCCUGUGAGUCCAUCAGAGUCAGCUCCAGGAACCAUCAUGAAUGGACAUGGUGGUGGUCAAAGCCAGCAGACACUAGACACUCCAAAGACAGCAGGCCCUCCCUCUGCCCUCCCAUCUGGGAGCUCCCUGCCCAGUACCACCUCCUGCGCUGCACUUCUGCCAUCCACAUCCCAGCACACUGGCAACCUGAGUGGCAGCCCUCUCUCUCAGCUUAGCAGUUCACUCUCCAGCCACCAGAGCAGCCUCUCCUCUGCGCACACAGUCCUCUCCUCGAGCACGUCACACACACAUGCCAGUGUGGAGAACGCUCCUUCCCUCCAGUCCUCAGCCACCUUCUCCACGGCAGCGACCUCCACCUCGAGUUCCGCAUCCUCAGGCACUAGCCUGUCCAGUAGCAUGCACACGGCGAACAGCCUCUGCCUGGGUGGGACCCCCACGAGUGCGUCCAGCAGCAGUACCAGGGCCGUGCCUUUGGUGACCUCAGGCAAAGCACCCCCAAACUUGCCCCAAGGGGUGCCUCCCCUGCUGCACAACCAGUACCUCGUGGGUCCCGGAGGACUGCUUCCUGCCUACCCGAUCUAUGGCUAUGACGAGCUCCAGAUGCUGCAGUCACGGCUGCCAGUGGACUACUACGGAAUUCCCUUUGCCGCACCCACAGCACUUGCUAGCCGAGAUGGGAGCCUAGCUAAUAAUCCAUAUCCAGGUGAUGUCACAAAGUUUGGCCGUGGGGACUCUGCAUCCCCUGCACCCCCUACCACACCAGCUCAGCCACAGCAGAGCCAAUCACAGACCCACCACACAGCCCAACAGCCCUUCCUGAACCCUGCGCUACCACCUGGCUAUAGCUACACUGGCCUUCCCUACUACACAGGCGUGCCCAGUGCCUUCCAAUAUGGCCCCACCAUGUUUGUCCCUCCAGCCUCAGCCAAGCAGCAUGGGGUGAACCUCAGUGCCCCAACACCUCCUUUCCAGCAGGCCAGUGGUUAUGGCCAGCAUGGCUACAGUACAGGUUAUGAUGACUUGACCCAAGGGACAGCAGCAGGAGACUACACCAAAGGUGGCUAUGGUGGACCAUCACAGGCACCAAACAAGUCUGCAGGUUCUGGACCUGGCAAAGGAGUAUCGGUGUCUUCAAGCACCACUGGUCUACCUGAUAUGACUGGUUCUGUCUACAAUAAGACCCAGACUUUUGACAAGCAGGGAUUUCAUGCAGGAACCCCUCCACCUUUCAGCCUGCCCUCCGCCUUGGGUUCCACUGGGCCCCUGGCCCCUGGAGCGGCCCCUGGCUAUGCGCCCCCACCAUUCCUGCACAUCUUACCAGCCCACCAGCAGCCCCACUCACAGCUGCUGCACCAUCAUCUUCCGCAGGAUGCGCAGAGUGGCUCGGGUCAGCGCAGCCAGCCCAGUUCCCUGCAGCCCAAGUCUCAAGCCUCCAAACCCGCCUACGGCAACUCUCCAUACUGGACAAACUAAACCCGAAGAGAGGGGUGGGUUGGGGCAAGGCUUACCCUGGGCAGGAGAGAACACAUGAGCACAUAUAUAGGAGCCCAGUGCCCUUUCCUAGAAUUCCCAAGACUAACUGUGUCAGCCGUGCCUCUGUGGGGAGCCUGCCUCCCAGACUGGCUAUUGUAUGUAAUGUAUUUAUGUAUGUAUUUGUAAAUGUGAUAGAAGUCUAGGGGAGUGGAGGGGAUGGCUGCAGAUGUUAGCCAGGUCUGCUCUCCCCAUUCAAGCCCCUUUUCUGCUGUAGCAAAAUAAGCCUCUCCACCCCAUCUGCCUUCAGGCCUUCUUCAUAGCUGCUGCUGCCCAGUGGGCCAUUAGGGGCAGUCUCUGGAAGGCUGGUUCAAGGCCAUUUGGGUAUAGGGGUCAGGUACCAAUGAAGAAUCACGACUUGUCUCACUCCUUUGGAAACUAUUAUUUUAGUUUUCUUUCCUGUGUAAUUCAUACCCCUAUUUCUGAGAAACUGUUCCUUUUGUCAUCUGUCAUGGUCCCCUUCCACCAAAUCUUGGGAAUAGUAGCGAUAUCCCUCCACCCAACACAAAUAUGGGCACCUGUUUUUCUUCAUAUAUAACAGGGGCUUCUGGUCUGGUCAUAUCCCUAGAGACUUACUAGAGACUGGCUGACCAUUUAAAAAAUAAUAAUCAUCUGAGUUGUUCAGCCAUUCAGCUCCCCUUUAAAAAUCAAAGAUAUCUCCAAGCAACACAUCUCUCUUCCAGUGUCUUGAACCAGGUGGGCAGCUGUUUCAGGGGUUUUCUCUUGCCCAAUCCCCACCUAAUAAAGUUCUGAGAGCAUG